AUGGUCAGAGAAGCCCAGCCAUCGAUACUCGAGAGAGAAUUCCUCAUCCAAGCACUCAAGGAAGGAACCCGGCUCGAUCAACGAACUCUCUUCGAACAACGUCCGCUCUCCCUGUCAUUUGCCGAGAACGGAGAUUCGGUCGAUUGCUCUCUCGGUAAUACUAGAGUGAUUGCUCAUGUUUCGGCUUCGGUUACUAAACCUUGGUCUGAUAGACCAUUCGAAGGACUUUUUCAAGUCUCUAGUGAAAUCAAUCCGAUAGCCAACUUCAUUUACGACACCGGCAGGUCUUCUGAGAACGAGAUACAGAUCACGCGUAUGUUGGAUAAAAGCUUGAGUCGGAGUGGAGUGAUCGAUAAGGAAGCCCUAUGUAUCUUAGCAGGCCAAAUGGUAUGGUCGAUUCGUCUGGAUCUGCAUUUCUUAAACGACGAAGGAAAUCUCUUGGAUUGCGCAUCUAUCGCAGCCAUCGCGGCACUCCAGACAUUUCAAAGACCUGACGUGACCCUUGUUGGAGAAGAAAUAACGAUUCAUUCCUUACAAGAACGAGUUCCAGUACCUUUGACAUUACACCACACGCCGAUCUGUUUAACCUUCGGAUUUUUCGACUUGAAUGGGAGUAGUAGUAAGCCUAGUGUAGUCCUGGACCCUAGCUACCUAGAAGAACAACUCUCAACUGGCACGAUCACCCUGGCUUUGAACCCUCAGAAAGAGAUCUGUGUCGCCAAUAAGUCUGGCGGUGUUCCGCUCUCAAUCGACGAAAUUAUGAACGUCGUCAAGGUUGGAAGUCAGAAAGUUAAAGAGGUCGAUCAGCUGAUCAAACAACUGAUUACUAAACGGAAGGCCGCUGUUGAUCUGACUGCCGUCCAGGAUAGAUGA